AUGAAUAUAAAAAUUUUAUUUGAAUUUAUUUGUGUAAUCGCAACUGGUUUCUCGACAGUUGUUGCAAAUCCGAGUUUAAUUCGCGAUAAUUAUUUCGGACUGUCAACAGUUAUGGGCCCUGACACAUACGGCCUUUUGAAUCAGUAUAAAAAAGUAUAUAGUGAAGGAUUUGAAGGGAUGCUGUCACAAGAGUUUAGCAUUAGCGACUAUCUCGCAUUCCAGAAUAAAAUAAAUGAAGUAAAAACAAGUGUAUUUAGUAAGUAUAAGCAAGUGAGUGCGACCUUUAUGAGCACAUCAAGGUUUUAUUACAAUUACAGACACCCAGGAAACGUGUUUGCAAUAUUGUCGCAGUACGUGAAGCACGGACAACUGUCAAACAAGUACCUGUCGCCAAUAAUGCCGGAAACAUGUGUAUGCCAUCCAAUAAACACAGCGGCAGGAAGAAUAUACCUGGAUUCGACAGUAAAUCUCGACCACUACGCAGCGAAGAUAUCAGAAGAUGCGUCGAAUAACUAUUACGAGGACCUGCUGAUCAAGUAUAACGGACACGGACUGAGGAAGAGUCACUUCAGAUAUAUAAUGACGAAAAGGUACCCUAAGAACAUGCCGAACAGUUUGAAGGUGAUGACAGAUUAUUCAAUGGAAGGAGAUACGGAAUACACGAAGUUUAUAUACAUGACGGGCCACGGAGGAGACUCGUACCUGCAGUUUCAAGCGAAGGACUUCAUAUCGUCGCUGGAAAUGGGACAGAACUUCAAAGAGAUGUACAUAAAGGACCCCAAAAUGAAAAUAUUCACACUGCUGGACACAUGCCAAGCGUCGACAAUGUACAACUACGUGGACAAGGAAAUACCGCUGGCCUGGGUAGCAUCUAGCGUUAAGGGAGAGAGUAGCUACAGCCACAACCCGAACCCGUACAUAUCAAUCUCAACCUGCGAUAAAUUCACGUACGUAUUGAGGAAUUACCUUAACACAGUGCUCUCUGGGAUCAUAUACGGAACAGAUAAAGCGUCAGUGUCGAGACUGUCACUGAAGCAGCUGCUGAGAAACUACGAAAGAAACACGAAAAAGGAGAGAGUGAAGUACGAAGUAAACAAGAAACUGUACGAAGAGGAGGAGGAGGUCUCGAAAAUGGAAAAAAUAUACCUGGGCCAGUUCAUAUUCAACUAUCGCAAAAUAUACAUCAAUUCACUUAAGUUCGGAGUGAGAAAGAACAGUAAAAACAGAGAAACGCGAAUGAAAAAUUUUAAAAUAAAGGAAGUUAAGUUCGAAGAAGAGGUGGAAACCAUAACACUUAUCCAGAAAGCGAAAGAAGCAAUAAUGAGAAUACGCUACCCGUAA